GGGAUUGUUCGUCCGCCGCGCCGCCGGGGCUACGUGAGGCCUCCCUCGCGCCUGGACUCGGCCCGUCGUCGCCCUCGCUUUGGCUUGUUGGAGGGAGAGGAGCGGAGCGGCCGUCGCUGAGGCGGAGGAGGGGGAGCCGCCGCCAUCAUCCUCAUCAUCCUCCUCCUCAUCUCCGCCGCCAUGGAGGACGAAAUGCCCAAAACGCUAUAUGUGGGGAACCUAUCAAGAGAUGUUACUGAAGCCCUAAUUCUCCAGCUGUUCAGCCAGAUUGGACCAUGCAAAAACUGCAAGAUGAUAAUGGAUACAGCUGGAAAUGAUCCAUAUUGUUUUGUGGAGUUCUAUGAGCAUCGUCAUGCAGCCGCAGCUUUAGCGGCUAUGAAUGGACGGAAGAUAAUGGGUAAGGAGGUCAAAGUGAACUGGGCCACGACCCCCAGCAGCCAGAAGAAAGAUACCAGCAGUAGUACCGUUGUCAACACACUGCGUUCACAAGACCACUUCCAUGUCUUUGUUGGAGACCUCAGUCCAGAAAUUACAACUGAAGAUAUAAAAGCAGCUUUUGCACCAUUUGGAAGAAUAUCGGAUGCUCGGGUAGUUAAGGACAUGGCAACAGGAAAAUCCAAAGGAUAUGGUUUUGUUUCCUUUUUCAAUAAAUGGGAUGCAGAAAAUGCUAUUCAGCAAAUGGGGGGACAGUGGCUCGGUGGAAGGCAAAUCAGGACUAACUGGGCAACACGCAAACCUCCAGCUCCAAAGAGUACAUAUGAGUCAAAUGCCAAACAGCUGUCCUACGAUGAUGUUGUAAAUCAGUCCAGUCCAAGCAACUGCACAGUAUACUGUGGUGGUGUUACUUCAGGACUAACAGAACAGCUCAUGCGGCAGACAUUUUCUCCAUUUGGGCAGAUCAUGGAAAUUCGGGUCUUCCCAGAUAAAGGAUACUCCUUUGUGCGGUUCAACUCCCACGAAAGUGCCGCACAUGCCAUUGUUUCCGUGAACGGCACAACUAUUGAAGGGCAUGUUGUGAAAUGUUAUUGGGGCAAAGAAACACCAGAUAUGAUAAAUCCAAUUCAACAGCAGAAUCAAGUUGGAUACCCACCACCCUAUGGGCAGUGGGGCCAGUGGUAUGGAAGUACCCAGCAGAUCGGCCAGUAUGUGCCGAAUGGGUGGCAGGUCCCUGCAUAUGGAAUGUACGGACAGGCCUGGAAUCAGGGAUUUAAUCAGACACAAUCUUCCGCAGCAUGGAUGGGUGCAAAUUAUGGUGUACCGCCACCUCCGCCGCCCCCGCCGCCCCCACCCCAGGGGCAGAAUGGAAGUGUUUUAACUAGUCAAACUGGAUAUCGGAUGGCAGGUUUUGAAACGCAGUGAAAGGGAAAAAGGACUCUUAUCAGAACAACUGGUGGCUUUGAGGCUAUUUGGAGCAUUGUAAAUCCUUUGUUUACUUAAAAAAAAUCUAUCCAAUCAAGUCAGUGCAAAAGUCAAACAGUAUUUAUUUUUAAUCAUGAAACUUUGUUGUCCACAUUUUUUUUAAAGAAAAAACCACACACAGACACACACACACACACAGACACACAGGAAAUACUAGAUGCUGGAUAUCUGCCAACUUUUGCCUUCUUUUCCUCUUUUGAGAUGUGUUUCUUAAGAUCCUUGUUUGAAACACAACCAAUGCAGGGAUUUCUGCCACUUUUAGAUGGGGGCAGGAAAUUGCACAAUAUCAAAACUUUUUUCCACUGAAGUAGUGUGCAGUUCUAGUUUGCAUUCCUAGUAAGAAAUUUGAAAUGUAUAUGAAAGAAGAUGUACAAAAGGAAAAAAAACACACACGCCAAAACUGUGUGAAUUCUGAAGGUUCAUGGCAAUCUUCAGCUUGUGCACAAUUCUGUUUUAAAGAGAGCCUAUUGUAUAAAGUGUCCAUCUCCUCACUUUUGUUAUACUGGGGUUUCAAAUAUAACUUAUUGGUUUACAUUAUUUUGUAUCUAGACAUUUUUCAAAAAGUGGUUUUUGCCUUACUGUCAGCUGUUAAAUUAUUAAAUAGGAGUGGCGGUGGAAAAGCCAGAACACACACUUAGUUGUACAGCGCUCGGGUGGAUUCCGCUCUUCAAGUUGUUACUUCUGUUUCAUGUGGGAAGGUGCCUGGGGAAAAAUCCCUGUUGGAUUUGUUCUGAGAUCUUUAUCUUCACCAAUGAAUUUUCAGCCCAGUUUCAAAUAUUAUUAAAAUGUGACACAUUCUUAUGAACCAGCUUUUUUAAACCUUGUCAGUUUUUACAUUUACAUGUAUCCUUUAUCAUGUAAACUAUUUUAGCAAAUUAAUAUUUUUCACAAAAGUCAGUCAGCUUUUGUAUGUCUCCUUCUUUGAAAGGAUAAUAGGCAGAAAGAUCUACGUGGCUUAAUGAGUACGAUUUAAGCUUUGGCUUUUGCAUGUGAAUAUCUAAUACAUUGUUAGACUUUGAAUAAAACACUCAUGCUCUCAUUUUUUUUCAAAGAUGUAGAGAAUACAUUGGUCUUAACUGUUAAAAACUUUUUACUUGAGUGGAGUAACUUCGAUUUGAUUUAGCAUGUACAGAUAGAGCUAUGAAAUUAUAUAGCUUUGUGUGAAUCAGGCCAGGAGUACAGGGGAUGCUCUAGCUAAGCCUGAAGGACCAGCUGGGUGAAGUAUUUUGAAUUGUUCAGAGGCCAAAAACGUUUCAAUCCUACCUCCUUGACUAGCCUUCAGAGAGUGCAAAAAAGAAAGAAAGAAAACUACCCUUAAGUGUGUAGUAUUUAUUCAUCCCUGUUAAUGUCUGGGCGCGUGGAGAUAAUUUGCUUUCUGUUCUGCAUUGGUUGUAGUGGAACAAUGUAUCAAGGGAAUAUUGAAGUUAUACAGAGUGUCCUAUGACCUUGUAUGUUAUGGAAAGAAGUGACCCUAUGACACGAUACAGGGUUGGCUGUGGAAAUGUUAAGUUACUGUUUGUCUUGAUUUCAAUCCCCACCUUGUCUUUGGGGGGAGUGUUGGGGUGGGGCGGGGAGUUUAGCAAAGCUGUUCUAAAAUUCGAAGAGUUGCUGCAAGACCUCAUUUUGCAGUGAGUAGCAGAAGAGGGAAACACAAAAGAGAAACCUAGGAUGAACUUUGAGAUCACUGUAUUGUCCCAGAGUAUAUUAACGGCUGGCAUUCUGUGGAGUGAGCAGAGCCAGGCCGCUUAAAAUGGUAGGGAACGGUACAGUGGAGUUGUGGUAAAACCUGGCUGUUAAGAAAGCCAGUUGUUAUCCUGUAGACAGGGCCUGACCCCCAAAUAUUACAAAAAUAAAGCAUACUGAAAAAAGACA